UAGUAUCACCAUUCACUUCUAUGCAUCAUAAUAAGCGAAUUUCCAUACUAAGUUUCUUCUUAGAUAGGGACAACAGCAUAAGAGAGAUCGCAGAACCCAAUCCCAUUAUUUUUCCCUCUCCAUUUCCUUGAACCAUACAUUACAAAUUUACAAUAUAAUGAACCAGUUGUUGCACACAAACGCUGACCCACGUAUCCUCCAUGCCCAAGCAAUAAAAUCUCCCUACACAAAUCUCUCAUGCUUCAAUCACUUGAUCACUCUCUACUCAAGAUCACCAAAUUUUCUUGUUUUCUCCUACGCUAAUCGUCUCUUCUCUCUGCUCCCAUCUCCCAACAUUGUCUCAUGGACUUCCCUCAUUUCAGCUCACACCCAUUCUUUCCUUUCUCUUCACCACUUCCUCUCUAUGCUUCGCCGACCAAUUCUCCCCAAUCAGCGGACUCUCGCUUCCCUCUUCAAAGCCUGCACCAAUCUCUCCGCUCUUUCAUUUGGCUUUAGUCUUCAUUCCAUGGCUUUGAAGCUCUCUCUCGAUACCCAACCCUUUUCUGGGUCUGCAUUGGUUAAUUUUUACUCGAAAUGUCGUUUGCCAGAGAAUGCACGUAAGGUGUUUGAUGAAAUGCCCGAGAGAGAUGAAGUCUGUUAUGGUGCGUUGAUUGUAGGUUUGGCUCAGAAUUCCAGAGCUAUAGACGCGUUGUCUGUGUUCAACGAGAUGAAGUUUUGUAAUGUUAGUUCGACUGUUUAUAGUGUUUCGGGUGCUUUACGUGCAGCCGCAGCGAUGGCGGCUUUGGAGCAAUGCAGAGUGAUUCAUGGGCACGCCGUCGUUUCGGGUUUGGAUAGGAAUGUCAUCAUAGGCAGUAGUUUGAUUGAUGGGUAUGGGAAGGCAGGAGUUAUAAUGGAUGCUAGGAUGGUUUUUGAUGAGUUGUUGCCUGGUUUGAAUAUGGUAGCAUGGAAUGCCAUGAUGGCUGUCUACGCCCAACAAGGGGAUAAGAACUCUGUGCUUGAGUUGUUUAAUGCAAUGCGGGGUGAAGGGCUGCUACCUGAUGAGUAUAGUUUUUUAGCCAUAUUAACAGCUUUUUGUAAUGCAGGUUUAUAUCUCGAGAGUGAAAAAUGGCUUAAGAGCAUGAAAGUAGAGUAUGGGGUAGAACCUGGUUUGGAGCACUAUACAUGUUUGGUGGGCGCAAUGGGACGAGCAGGACGACUAGAGGAAGCAGAACAGAUUGCAAUGACAAUGCCAUUCGAACCGGAUGCUGCAGUUUGGCGAGUGGUGUUGUCAUCUUGUGCAUGCCAUGGUGAUGCAGACAAGGCUUGGGUGAUGGCUAAAAGGCUCUUGCAGUUGGAUCCUCUUGAUGAUUCAGCUUAUGCAAUCGCUGUUAAUGUGUUAUCGGCUAAAGGAAGGUGGGAUGAGGUUGCAGAACUGAGGAAGUUAAUGAAAGAUAGGAGGGUGAAGAAGCAAGGAGGUAAGAGUUGGAUUGAAGUGAAAGGAAAAGUUAAUGUGUUUCUGUCAGAAGAUAGGAGGCAUGAGAGAACACAGGAAAUUUAUUCCAAGUUAGCUGAGUUGAUGGAGGAUAUUGAGAAAUUAGGAUAUGUGCCGGUUUUGGAUGAGAUGUUGCAUGAAGUAGGGGAAAAGGAGAAAAGGGAAGCACUUCGGUAUCACAGUGAAAAGUUGGCUCUCGCAUUUGGUGUGGUUAGUGGCGCAGCCCCACCAGGGAAGGCAUUGAGGAUUAUUAAGAACUUAAGGAUUUGUAAGGAUUGCCAUGAGGCUUUCAAGUAUUUCAGCAUAGCGGUGGAGAGGGAGAUUAUUGUUAGAGAUGCUAACAGAUACCAUAGAUUUUUGAAUGGUAAUUGUACGUGUGGAGAAAUUUGGUAACUUGUUGAGAAGGAACCUUCAUAGUGCUCGAUAAAGCAGAAUUUAUUUCUCUUCAAGCCAUCAGAAACCCAUCAACUGUGGGGUUGCGCUAUUGAUACUAUUUCUUUUAUUUAUUUGAGGAGAAACAAAAAAAUUGACACAACUAACAAAUGAUUCUUACUGGUGAUUGAUUAUUGAGAGUGCUAAUAAUUUCUGUAAUUUUUUCUUUUAAGUUCAUCUCUUUUGACCGAGAAAAAAGGUCUAUGCUUUGACACUAAAUGACAAUAGAAAAAAAUGAUAAUAGAUGUAUGGCUGAAUUGCUGAUUGCAUAGAAUGGAUUUGUUUUGUCAA